AUACUCGUUUGGCGGAAUCUUAGCAGACGCCGAAACAGGGCCAUAAUAUACAUUUUCGUGUGUAAUUUCUUAAAUUUCUUGCAUCCCAAAGGAAUUCUCCGUCUAUAAACGAUUUCGUCAUCCACAUAAUACUCGUCUGUGCUGAUCAAGAUCAACUCCUCUAACAAACAUGCCCUAAAAGACGAACGAUAAACAUGGAAAACUCAGUUGUUCUUCUCCUACUUUCAUUGAUUCAUUUGUCACAUGGUGUCUCGGAGUUUGUAGUCUUUGAUAGUCUACCAAAGGAUUUGCUUAGGCCUUCAGCUAAGUUUAUUGUACGGAGUUCUUUUAAGACUGUCGUAGAAUUUAUAGAAUCAGACGACUUCCACAUCGAUAUUAACGUCACGUCGGACUCCUAUGAUGAUUUGACUAAAGUGAACUACGUCUACUCUUCGGAUGGAGAUGCAGCUUUGCUAUAUUUAUAUGAAGCUGAAAAAGAAUUGGAAGGUCUAACAAAAGAAUUGGGCAUUACAUAUUUAUCAGCAACUAUCGUCGCCAUCUGUUGUAUAGUGUUUAUUUCGAUAACAAUAUUCAUCUGUUGGUGGAAUACAAAUAAAAGACCUUUACUAAGUGGAAAAUUUCAAUUUAAACCAGACUCGAGUGCUGCUCCUCUUUUAGACGAUUGUAAGUCUAUAACAAAAUUAAAAAAAGAGGAUGGAUGCGUCUCCAGUGAUGAAGAAGGUAGACGAGGUGCGGCAAGAAACGCUGCUUAUAAUACAACACCAAAAAGACAAUUUCAAGAUAAGCAAAAAGAAGCAGAUUACGCUCACAGGGUUACUUUUGCUAAGGGCGAUGAUGUCUCAACUAAACUCGCGCAAAUUCCUGACUGCUAUGGUUCGGAUGUUCCAGAUGUUUUAAAAUCUCGUACCAAUCGACCUCAACCGGCAGCUGACCUGACAAAUACUCAGUCCAGAGGCGUCCACACUGAUGAUGUAGUUUCCUGUUUAAUUAAAGAUGCCCGAGGCUCACCAAAGUACAGCAGGACCCUAGAGAAACCAACUAGCGUUACUUUUGGCUAUCCUGUCGCCAGAUUUGGAGAUGAGGAUGAAAGUUCCGCAACCGUUGUCAACGCGGACCGUCAAGGACGAUAUGGUACCUUGCCCGCCUCUUCAUCGAGAGGCUGCUCCACAGAUAGGUCGUCGUCGAGAAGUUCGACGCUUGACCGGAAAACCGGUGGUAGUAGUGGUGGCGGUUCUUCUUCCGGAAUAUAUAGUGUUAAGCACGUACAUAUUGCAGUCGUCUUUUGUCUAGCUCUGAUUGUGUUUGGCUCAAACGCUUCCCAAAGUAUUGAUCGAACCAAAGCUCAUAUUAAAAUUUAUCAUCCUUUUGGAACCGUCCGAAAUGCAUCAGAAGUAUACCUCCCGUCUGGCUAUGACAGUAAAGUACUAGUUCACACUAAAUACAAUUUGAUUAUAAAAUGGAUGGAUCUGAGUAGAUCGAUGGUAGCCCACCUACCAAUGAAUGCUAUUGACAAAUUGGAAAGAGGGGAAAAGGCAAGCUGUAACCUUCAUAGUACAUGCACCGACGGAUGCGAUGUUCUGACCGGGGAAUGCGUUUGCCAUCACGGCUAUUAUUUAAACAACGAUGGAUCUACGUGCGACGAUAUUAACGAAUGCAAAGAAAAACCGGAUAUUUGCAAACCGAACUCCCGUUGUCGCGACGAACAGGGAUCGUUCACUUGCUUAUGCAAUAAGGGAUACUAUAUGCUUAACGGCACUUGCAUUGAUUGCCAAUCUGCCUGCCCGAAAGGAACUUAUGAAUAUCUUCCAUGCAACGAAGUAAACGGAUCCCCUAAAGAAUGCAAAGCCUGUUCAACACGUUGCCAAGAAGGUUACUAUGUCGCUAGGGAAUGUACGGAUAAAAUGGAUAUUGAAUGCCAACCGUGCCGGAAAAGAUGCGCUGAAGACGAAUAUGAAUUGACACCUUGCCAAGCUUCCUUUAACAGAAAAUGCAAUAAAAUCAAAGGCGCUAUAUCGAAUCCGUCUGUAUCGAAUAAUAUUAUCUACGAAGACAGGACAAAAGUGCAAGAAGCAAAAUUAAAGAGACUAGAACAAACAACUGAUAGUAACGAUCUUACGUUCGAACAUAUAUUCGAUAGAAAAUCCGGUUUUUAUGUUCGUAUGAAUUUGGUUGAAUCGAAUCUUAGUCCACUUUACGAGGAGGUUGACCAUUCUAAAGAUAACGAUAAUGUGGCCUAUAGAGAGAGAUAUACGAGAAACGGAAAUCUGCAUCCGGAUGCAAGAGCUAUUCUAGACGGCCGUUGCUCCUACCCUAUUCCGGUGCAUUACCAACUACACUAUAAGAAGCACAAGGGAGUUACUGCAAAAGCCGAAUAUCAUGAAUGUAAGGAUAGAAACUGCGACAGGCCUACAGGCUAUUACAUGAACCCAACCGAAGAAUGCUAUAGCGCCGAUAGGAAAGUUGGCCGAAGUCCAAACUUGGACGAAUCUAAGCGGUCCGUAACAUGCGUAUAUCCACAAAAGUUAACUACACUCUUUAAUUAUGACGACGAUCUUCGAAGGGCAAGUUCAAUGACAUAUGAUAUUGAUUCAAGAUGUCAAGAGAGGCGUAAACAAUGCCAAAGUUGUAUGAGUAAACAAGCGCGUUUUAUGAAGAAUAGGAGGGGAAGUAGCUCGUGUAAUAUUACGAAUGAUGAUGCAGAUAAUGGUCAAAGCCCUAGACUUCAAUUAUGUUUCAGCUGCGAUUCUGCUAAAAAUUGCGCAUCCGUUCCAAAUAACGAUUGCUCCGUUUAUUAUGAUACAAAUUGUCCAACUGUUAAAUGCACAACGGGAGAUGUUGCAGAAUUCAUCUUACAGCCUAUCUUUCAAAAUGGACCUAAAUCAUUUGCUUGUCAUGUACAACCUAAAAAGAAAUAUACAAUUUAUAAGUUGGAAUAUAGUGUAUUUAUGGCUAGAAAUAAGAAUUUGGUGGAGAAUAAUCAGGUCAAACCAAUACAUGAAAAACCUUUAUCAGCUAGUCUUAAUGUUGACGAUAAUCCUCAUCCAUCCUCGUCAACCAUUCAACACGACAUUCUACGUGUUCAGUAUAACACACCGAAGCACGAACGAAUUGAAAUAGUCGACGGAGUUUCAAAUUCUCCCCGAAUGGAUGCUGGCUAUUGGACAGCUGUUGGAUCUGGAUGGGAUUAUCGUACUAUAACAAGAUACAGAGAUUCUACUCAUAGCUUUAUUGCUUUGAAUGUCAAAAAGCCAUUUGGCAUCUCGUUAUCUAAAUGGAAAAAAUCUAAUUGUAAUUCAGCUAGCAACAUUCUAAACGAUACACUUAUCCGAACUAAUCAAAAUCGUCUAUAUCAUCAGUACACCGAUCUAGCAGUUAUCCAAAGAACUAAGGGAGGACCAUUCAAGAUUUUUAAUCCUAGAAAACAACCGUCUAUUGAAUUUUCCAUUCCAAAAAGCGCUUCUCUACUGUCCAGCAUAUAUCCGAAUAGUACUGUUCUCGACGAUCAUUCUCUACAUGCCAAAAUAAUUCGACAAGACAAACAGUUAAAAAUUGAAAUUCGAGGGAAAUUGUUAAAAUGUCCUGGCUAUUUUGGUUUACGGUUGGCCGAUAGCGAAUCACCGGAAGUAACGUUGGUAAAUUACGAUGUUAUAGCAACAUGUCCGAAAACAUUUGACAUUAGCAUUAAACUACCAACCGAAUGCGAUGAAACGGUUAACAGAACAUUUAUAGCAACUAUAACAGACUCUCAUCGCACAAUAACCAUCAGAAUCUUAAAACCAGCUAAUCAAAUAGACAAGCAUUCCUACGACGUCUUUUGGAACGAGAAAAAGGCUCAAGACAGUACGAAGAAUAAAGAGGAAGAUUUGGCCAAAGAGAUUUCAGUUUCACCUCUGAGUCCAUUAGUAAUUAUAAUUCUCACGAUGGCAAUCAUUUUCCUUAUUCUCUUGACAUUCGCUUUCAUCACUGAACCUCGUUUGGGCUAUUCAUCUAAUAGAAAGGACAAUAAUGUUCACUCUCAUCAUUUAUUUUUCGUUGUCGUCUACGUAACAUUCAGAGCUGCUUGCUCCUUAGCUUUGACUUUUACCGUCUUAACUUUGGCUAUCCACUGGUGGACAAAGGCUGAUUUAGCUAAUUUAACGGAAUUUGGUCGUUUUGCUAUUUCGGGAGGAAAUCUUCAAAAAUCUGAGGUGAAAAAUAUCAACUUUUUUAUAGAAAACGAAUUAAAGAGGCAGCAGGAGAGUCUAAAUAGAACUAAAAUGGAGUGCGAAAAACAAAUGGAAAAGCUAAAUAGGCAAAUGGAAGAUUCUAGAUCUCAAUUAGUUGCUAAUAGAGAGGAUGAUCAGUUAAUAGCAAAAUUGGCAUUAGAAUAUACCAAGUUACUUGUAGAAAACUUAACGAGAGAUACUUUAAAAUUCCGUGAUGAAUUCUCAAAUUACGCCACUGAACAAGUUCAUUACCUAUUCCGACAACUUACUCAAACUCCUGAAGCUCUAAAGUCUAACGAAUGGAUGAAAGGACCAACGGAUAUAUACGAUGAUGUACGAAGAAAACGUCUUAUGAAAGAUAAGUCUACUUUAGACUUAUUAAAAUGGUUAGGUAUGGAACAUAAAGUUGAAAAGCCAACUUUCGAUUUUACCAUCAAAAGUUUCCCUCAACCGCUCGAGAAACCUUUCUUAGAUAUAGACCUUCCUAAGCUAGAUCCUCCGCGGAGUGUAUAUAUUACGCCAGACUCUUCAGCUUAUGCACCACUUCCAAUGAACCUUUGGUACUACGAAUCUCUGGAAAAACCCAUUGGUAGCCACUCAAAUAAAAUGGAAGAAACUGAAAAGGACGCUACGAAUAAUAACAAUAAGAUGUCUUAUGCCGACUGGGUCGCUAACUGCUGGUUACAAGCGUUUGCAAUUAUUAUUGCUAUUGACUUAAUUUGGUUUAUACAUCGUGUAGCAAACACUUAUAGAACGGCAAGAAUGAUUUUAUACGGUUGUCCGGCCCAUAUCGAUUGUAGGAAAACGGAACAAACUGGUGUUAACGGCUCUCCGGUUAAACUACCUAAAAGAGGGUUUUUCCAGUAUAUCCUCGAUUUGAAUAUCAGAAUUAUGCGUACGGAGGCUAUUCCCAAAUUAGUGUCGGUAGGAGCAGUUGGAAUUAUACUGUUUGUUGUAACGAUUUUGUCGGAUAAACUUGUUAAUAUAAAAACGGCUGCUUCAAUGGGAUACUUUGACUCUAUUGUUGCCCCUGUUGAUAUAAGUCUUAAACUGGCAAAAACCCGAAUCGAAACGAACGCUCAGAGAAUAAAUGAGUUUGAAUUGCCGGUCUACGAACAGUUGAUUGACGCCAGAUACAAAAGACUUCAAUUAGUCCUAUCUCUUUACGCUGAAGCUGCUGAUAACGGACUUAGAGAAGCCGAAGUAUGCGCCUGGACAAAGAUGUUAGAUAACAGACUAAGCUGCGAUUGUAAAGGAAAGAAGGGUAUUCUAAAGAAGAUUAAAUUUGAAGGAUGUAACCUACAUCCAGUCUUUCCAAGAGCUUAUCGAAAAAAGAAAAUAGUUGACUAUAGAAAAGAUUUACGUCAAACAUUGUUUCCUUAUAUAAAUUCCGCUCGUUCAAUAGUAAAGUCCUGCUGCCAUCUGACAGCUAUAUUUGUCUCAUCACUACUGCUCGUAGAUCUCAUUGGAUCCGUUAUAUGGAGUUACUUAAAGAGGUGUAAUCUAUUAAGAUUAAAACCUUUAUACGAAGUUGACUGCUCUUAGGAUUGAACAACUUAAAACAAACCAAUAAACAAACAAACAAACUUCCUAUCAUCUUUUUCGCAACGAAAAAAGUUGACAAUUCUUUCUUGUGUUCGAUAUUCGAUUGUUUUUGUAUGAAUAAUUUAGUCGUAUUAUAUAAAAUAAUGUAACAAAAACAUAAAAACUAUUGUGC